AUGGCACAUAUUGAUUUAAAGAAGGCAGCUGUGGUUGGCUUGGACGACCUUGUCCUGCUGCCGCAGCUUUCUGACAAAGCCAUUAUGGAGAACCUUAAGUUGCGCCACAGCAGGGAUCUCAUCUACACGAGUAUUGGCCCUGUGUUGUUAAGUGUGAAUCCAUUCAAAAAGAUUCCAGGUUUGUACAGUGAGGAGCGCAUCGCGUUUUUUCGGAGGGGUGGAAAGGGUAAUGGGGGCGUGACUGGGAGCAACCAUGGUGAGCCCCAUGUGUUUGGCUUGGCAGAGGAGACAUACCGCACCAUGGUGUCAGAGGAGGAGAAUCAGUGUGUCAUCAUCUCAGGGGAAUCAGGGGCCGGAAAGACGGAGGCAUCAAAGCAGAUUAUGCAGUACGUCUCCGCUGUCUCUGGUAACACAGCGGAAAUGCAGCGUGUAAAGCGAAUCAUUCUGGAGUCCAACCCGUUGCUGGAGGCUUUUGGAAAUGCAAAGACCGUUCGUAAUGACAACAGCUCUCGUUUUGGGAAGUUCUUUGAAAUAUUUUUUGAUCGAAUGGGUGGCCCUGUUGGCGGGCGCAUGUCGAACUUUCUUCUUGAGAAGUCACGGGUUGUUGGCCAGCAGAAAGGAGAGCGGAGCUUUCAUGUGUUUUAUCAGUUAUGUCGUGGAGCUGCUCCGGCGCUCCGGGACAGGCUGCGGCUACUGCCUCCUGGCCAGUUCUUCUACUUGAACCAGGGCGGAACGCUGGAGUGUGAUGGCAUUGACGACGGGAAGGAGUGGGCGGAGACGCUAGCUGCAAUGGACGCGAUGUUGAUUUCGACAUCAGAUCAGCAGUCUAUUUUUGAUACCCUUGCCCUUAUACUCCACCUUGGGCAGCUGCAGUUUGCGCCAUCCGAAGUAGACCGCGAGGACGCUGCGCUGAUGGUUUUAAAUCGAGACGAACUGGAUUUUUGCGCCACGCUCUUGGGCGUAGACGCGACCGCACUGGAGCGGGUUCUCACAUGGAAGCGGCUGGAAAUGGGCGCAAGCGAGGUGGUUAAUGUCCCCCUCGACAUGCAACAGAGCCGAAACGCCCGUGACGCCAUUGCAAAGACACUGUACCACCACUUGUUUGAGUUUAUAGUGCAGUCUGUGAAUGUGGCUCUUGGGGAGAAGCCGCAUGACUUAAUGCUAGGCGUUCUUGACAUUUACGGAUUUGAGAUAUUUGAAAAAAACGGGUUUGAGCAGUUCUGCAUUAAUUAUGUCAAUGAAAAGCUUCAGCAGAUCUUCAUAGCGUUAACUUUGAAGGUGGAGCAAGAGGAGUAUGUGCGUGAGAAUAUUCCAUGGGAAGAGAUUAAGUACUUCAACAACAAGGUUGUAUGCGAUCUUAUUGAGGGUAUGCAGCCACCCGGGUUAUUUGCUGUCAUUGAUGAUGUGUGUGCGACGAUGGCGAAGGAAAAGGAGUCUGUUGCUGACAUCAAGAUGCUUGACAAACUAGAUGCUGUACACGCCGGUAAUCCUCACUUCAACAGGACAGAAAAAGGGUUUCGUGUUAAGCACUACGCAGGAGAUGUGCAGUACGACGCAGAGGGUUUCACAACCCGCAACAAGGACCUUAUUAGUAUCGAUACUACAUCAAUGCUUGGUUUUUCCUCUAAUCGUUUUUUGUUAACAAUCCUCGCGGAGACCAUUGCAGGUGUUUCACAAGGUGGCGCCGGGGGAACGAAAACACGUGUGACUACCGCUGGACUUAAGAUGCGGCAGCAGGCCUCAAAUCUUAUCAAGACACUGAUGGGAUGCAAUCCACAUUAUGUGCGCACCAUCAAAUCAAACGACGAAAAGCGCCCCAAUUUUAUAGAUGAUGCCCGAGUGCUACACCAGGUAAAAUACUUGGGCCUUCUCGAAAACGUUCGUGUUCGUCGUGCAGGAUACAUAUACCGGCAAUACUUUGAUAAGUUUCUCAAGCGCUUCAAAUUCCUUAGUCCGGAGACGUUUCCACGCCCGUUCAAGGGCUCUGACCAUGAUGCCUGUUCUGCUAUUUUGCGGCGCGUCGGUGAUGCCUUGCCGCAGGGAUCCUGGCAGCUGGGCCAGCACAAGGUAUUUAUCCGACAACCACAGCACCUGUUCACACUUGAAGAGCUCCGUGAGGCCGCGCUUGACAAUAUUGUCUUAAAGAUUCAGCGCACCUGGUGCCGGUACCAGCAGCAUAAGGAUGGUAUUCUCCUUAGGACUAGUAUGGGGCGCGUGUAUUCUAAGGCCGGGAAGGCACGACGGGCCGACAGUGUGUUUCGCCCCUUCUCCGGAGAUUAUCUUGACUACCGCAACAAACUUGGGCCGCUUCACCCAUACGUGGAGUUUAACCCCAUCGGGAGUGCAUGGAAGGAGUUCUGGACAGAUGCGGGAAAGCGAUAUUACCAUAAUCCGAUUCUUCAACAGAGUCAAUGGGAACGUCCACGGGAGAUGUCUCCGCAGAGAAUCCUUUUUACUGCGCUUGUGGAGCGGGUUGUCAAUCAUCAGAAGGCCUUACUUGAGAAGGAGUUUUGCAUUAUAACGGAUUUAGCAAUUUACCUGAUACAAGAACGCUUAGAAACCGUGGUACAGCCGCAAGCAAAGCCUACUAGGAGAAAUGUUCAUCCAGUAUCGCCCACAAUUUCUACCGUGACGAGAUAUUUUCUUCGGAAGCGACUGGAUUUGCGCCUCUUAUCGGGAAUUUCUGUCACCACGCAUGCGGAUACAGUUAUUAUGCUGCAUUUUUACCAACCCACUGUCCCUUACCGACCAAUUGUGACAAGUACAACGGCAGUAAAAAAUCAACGGAGCCAUCUAUGCGAAUGUUGCGGGGACAAAAUGUCACCUGCGGCGAAGAGACAACACUGUCCUGGGUGCGGUCGACUCUGUUGUGUGAAAAAAUGUUUGCGGUACAGUCGGCCGCUCCCUACGCUGCUCGGGCACAGCAAGCCAGUGCGAGUAUGUCCUAGUUGUGUGCACGGAGAGUCCUUAGAACCGGUUGAGGAUGUAGUGAUGAUGACCCCCAUGAAGACAGAGAUUGCAGCCCUGCUAAGGAAGUGGUAUCGCGUUUUGAUGGGGAACAAAAUCUCAAUGACGAUCAGCGACACUCUCAAGUAUCAUCUAUUCGGUGAAAAUCAGUCGUGGAUUCUCACAUCAAAUGCUUCUGCUUCCAUUUCUGAAACGAUACUCACUUCAGCUGGUUCAUUUGCCCUUGCAGCGAGUGCACCAUUGGGUAUUCCCCAAGAGAUGAUUCAGGCAAUUGAAACGGCACGAGAGCAGCGACGCGUUGCUGCAGCGGAACGGUGCAGAAAGGAAGAUGAGGAGGAACGGCGGCGCGAGGUGGAACGCGAGAGGGGACGUGAGGAGGAACAUCGUCGUAUUGUGGAGGAACGCAAAAGGGUGAGAGCAGCGGCAGAGGAGCGGCAAGAGGCGGAGCGGUUGCAGCGCGAGCGGGCUCUUUGUGCUCAACGGGAAGAGUCUGCACGAAUCGUCGCGGAACGAUCAACGUGGUAUCGAUAA